AUGGACAAGUUGCUAAACACAGUAAAUCUUCUUUCCGAGGCCACACCGUCUACCGGCGCGCCGCCGCCUGUCCACGCGUCGAUCUCGCCCGAGGUGGCCGCGGCGUGCGGGUCCGCGACGCCCGCGUGCUUCGCGGCCGGCCACCACGUCGUCCCCGGCGUCGGGGACCACCGCAAGUGCCGGCCUCGGGGAAUCCUGGCGAUCACGGGGGAGGGGUUGACUAGCCAAGACCUCGACGAGGAGUUGUCUCGCGCGUCCAUCCACUGGCUGUCCUCACCGUCGGGGGCGGUGGCCUGGACGUCCUCGACGAAAUGUGGCAACGAGGAGGCGUCGGUGAACUGGCUGGUGUCCUCGCACGACGAAGGCGGGGUGGACCUGCUCGAAGAUGAGAUCUUCGUGCCCAGAUGCUCCUCGGAGGACGCGUUCUGGCGCUUCUCUCCGGACUGCACUAGGCUGUUAGGCUUGCCGCUGCUCAGCGGUCUGCUGGAUUCCGGCACUCCGUCGUCGGAAAUGUCUGGGGCAACGCCGUCGUCAGGGUUUCUCCCAGUGCAGAAGACUCCAAGCAGUGGCAACAGCAUCAGUCCCUUCUCUCUUAUUGUCAAGCGAGCAUCAGAGUCUUCUGCCAGAUUUCGGACUUUGUGUGCCCAGCAGGGACUGGGUAGCAUCUACUGGUACGAUUCGGUGGCGGAUCCGACACCAAUCUCUGGUGAGUCAUGGCCUGAAAGUGUUAGCAAUUAUACACGGUCAGGGUUGACAAGGACAGGCAGUCGUCCCCUGAAGAUGAUGGAUCCAGUGAUGGAAUGUCUUGAGAUGAUGAGUUUGUCUCCAAGGCCUGGGGACGAUGACUAUGAUGGAACUGGCACACUGCCUGCACCAUUGCCUCAGCAUAGCUUCCAGUUUCCAGGGGAUCCAACGCCUCUGGAAUCCAUAGACUUGACCUCUUUUAAGAGGUCUCCUCGUGACAUAGAAUUGAAGGCAAAGGACACAAGUUUCCGGAAAUCAGUCAUGGCAGACACUCGUAUCUCUUGGCAGGAGGGGCUUGUCAGCAGAAUGUUUGAUAUGGGUGACUUGGAUUGCUGCAAAUGGCUAUCUGACGAUGAAGAUUCACCAGUGUUUUUGCACACUGACAAGGCUUUGGCUGUUGGUACCAAUUUUGAGCCAUGUAAUGGUUGUUGCCUACAUGAGGGUGGCGACCAAUAGGAAGCAUGCGGCUUUGGCUCUCUUGAGCUCAGUUGCAUUGGUGAUUCAAGUUCGAUUUGGUGGGUUUCCAAUCUUUUCGGUUUUUCCAGUUUGUUUAUUCCCUCCUACAAAUCCAGCUCUUGCAGGCACAAUGCGUUAAAGGCAACUGAAAAAUGAUCUUUCGGUUUCAUGUCCUGUGUAGCAAAGUUGGAAAAUACUUCUGAUUCUUACAUAUUUCACAAAGGAGGUAAUUGGUACUUAAUUUAGUUGGUUCUUCAUUGGCCCACUACAUGAUGUAUAGUGAUUGCAAUUUUGUUUUAUGCAUCGAGUUUAUGUGUUGCAUUAAAGAGACGAAUCUAUGUUUAAAAUGUUUUGCGACAGGAUCCUUUAUUUCAAAUCCUGGUUCAGUGAAGUUGGAAACUAUUUCUGAUCUUUACAUAUUUCACAAAGGAGGUAAUUGGCGCUUAAUUUAGUUGUAUGUUUUGAAUAGUGAAGAUAAAUUGAGGAUGGAAAAGUUACCAGGUAUAUCAGAUGUUGUUAGUAGAGGCUGCAUAAAUGAUGAUGAAAUGGGAAAACAAUUGUGCUUCCCGCAUCACAUAUCAGCGGAAGAUGAUAUAUGAUACAAAACCAUCAUGAUAGCAUAGCCAUUUGUAGGAUUCAUGGUCCACCGAUUUUUUUUCAUAACAUUCACAUGUAAUGCAAAGUGGCCUGAAGUUAGCGAAAGUCUUUAUCACUGUAGUAAAAAAACUUGAGAUGCACCUGAUGUUGCAGUGAGAUUAUACCAUAUGAAAUUGCAGGAGCUGUUAUAAGAUAAUAAAUCUGGUAAUAUAUCUGGCCCAUGCAAAGAAGGUAUGGACAACUGCCUACCAUGUUUUCAUGACCAAAAGAUGUUUUCCAACAAUUUUUCGUUUUGUUUUUUAAAAUUUUUUGAACGAGUGGAUACCGACAAGCAACUUUUUAGUAUUUUUGGUUGGUGCAUGCCACUACUGCUCAUGUUGUUCAUGUACAACCUCCUUUUUUUUGGUUGGUACAUAUUAUUAUUGUUCAUGUUGUCCAUGUGUAGCUUUAGUAAAAAAAGGUCUCUAAUUGUGAGAACUGCAUCUAGCAUGAUUAUGACAACCUUUUUUCUAUUUACAUUAAAUCAUAAUUAUAUGUCUUCUACAGCCCAUAGUACUAAUCCACAAUUCUAUUGUAUGUAUCGUUUGCAUUUACCUUAAAUGUACACAUUGUUUCUAUUUCUUUAUCCUUUUUUAUAGAGAUCCUAUGAGGCUAUGACAAUAUAUUUUGUUAUUAAAAUUGACACAUAAAUACAUGUCAAGUAUUGCUGAUAUUGUUCAUCCAAAAUUCUUGUGUAAUUGCUACAUGUAUUCCCAUUAUCUUUUUAUAUUCCAGUAGAAUAAUAGAACCAUGUACUCCUUUACGAAGUAUUCAGCAAUAUAGACUCAUAGGGGGAGAAUGUGCUCAUCCCUCGUAUAUCAUUGACACUGAUGAAAAAUGCAUCUAUGUUUAUAUAAAUAAACCACCUGUUGAAGCCUGUCACUCCAUGUGUGUUGAUGCAACAUCUGGGAAAAAACAAUGCUAUUAGUUGUUGACAUAUGCUACUUUAAUACUACUUAAUAUGUAUUGCAAUCUCAGUUCCCUCUACCGUUGGUCCAAAUUGCAUCUGUGUACAUAGAGACCAAUUGUUAGAAACUUUCUGAAUCUGUGUAUAUUAAUGCAA